GUCAAGGAAGGCCUUGGUCUCGAAUUCUCAAGUGGAGCAGUCAGUCCCAGGUCAUAAGGCCGGUUCCAGAGCGGGUACUGGAUUUGGGCCAUGUUGAGAAAAAGACUCCUUUCAGGAGGCAAGGGGCACGAGCUUCGAAACUGGGUGCCCGCCUCAGGAUUCUCUUCGCCUGUGAGACGCCCAGAAUGCACCGGGUCCCCUCUGAUCCCUGAGCAGAGCGCUGUCGCCGUUUUACUGAGAAGGGAAAUGGACCCAGAGGCCCAGAAGGCAAUGACCUUCGGGACUGGAACAAGUCUUGGGCCGUCCCUGACCGGCGUCCCCGCAGCCCGACCCGCGGCGGGGUUGAGGGCGCGCCCCGCCUCCGGAGGCGGGGUCCCAGAGGCCUCACCUGGGGCUCCUGGAGCGCUGAGGGGUCCCAGGUGGGGCGCGGGGCGGGGCGGGGGCUAAAGGGAGGGGCGGCCGCUCGGGAGGAGAGCCCCGCCGCGGCGUCUCGGCGAGCACCAUGAACGCCAGCGGCCCGGGCUACCCGCUCGCCUCGCUCUACGUGGGCGACCUGCACCCCGACGUGACCGAGGCCAUGCUGUACGAGAAGUUCUCGCCCGCCGGCGCCAUCCUGUCCAUUCGCGUGUGCCGCGACGUGGCCACCCGCCGCUCGCUGGGCUACGCCUACGUCAACUUCCAGCAGCCCGCCGACGCGGAGCGGGCCCUGGACACAAUGAACUUUGAAGUGAUCAAAGGCCAGGCUGUCCGCAUCAUGUGGUCGCAGCGAGACCCAGGACUCCGCAGGUCAGGGGUGGGCAACAUCUUCAUCAAGAACCUGGAGGACUCCAUUGACAACAAGGCCUUAUAUGACACCUUCUCCACCUUUGGGAACAUCCUCUCUUGCAAGGUGGUGUGUGACGAUCAUGGCUCCCGAGGCUUCGGCUUCGUCCACUUUGAGACCCAUGAGGCUGCGCAGCAGGCCAUUGCCACCAUGAACGGGAUGCUGCUGAAUGACCGCAAAGUCUUCGUCGGCCACUUCAAGUCCCGACGAGAGCGGGAAGCAGAGCUGGGAGCUCGGGCCAUGGAGUUUACCAACAUUUAUGUGAAGAACCUCCAUGUGGACGUGGACGAGCAGGGCCUGCAGGACCUCUUCUCCCAGUUUGGGAAGAUGCUGAGUGUGAAGGUGAUGAGGGACGACAGUGGCCACUCCCGAGGCUUCGGCUUUGUCAACUUUGAGAAGCAUGAGGAAGCCCAGAAGGCUGUGCUGGACAUGAAUGGGAAGGAGGUGAGCGGGCGGCUGCUGUACGUGGGCCGGGCCCAGAAGCGUGUGGAACGGCAGAAUGAGCUGAAGCGCAGGUUCGAGCAGAUGAAGCAGGACCGGCUGACCCGUUACCAGGGCGUGAACCUGUACGUUAAGAACCUAGAUGACUGCAUUGAUGAUGAGAAGCUGAGAAAAGAGUUCUCUCCCUAUGGAGUGAUUACCAGUGCUAAGGUGAUGACAGAGGGUGGCCACAGCAAGGGGUUUGGCUUUGUGUGUUUUUCCUCUCCAGAAGAGGCGACCAAGGCCGUGACCGAGAUGAACGGGCGCAUCGUGGGCACCAAGCCACUGUACGUGGCACUGGCCCAGCGCAAAGAGGAGCGGAAGGCCAUCCUGACCAACCAGUACAUGCAGCGUCUGUCCACGGUGCGGGCACUGGGUGGCCCCCUCUUGGGCUCCUUCCAGCAGCCCACCGGCUACUUCCUGCCCGCCGUGCCCCAGCCUCCAGCCCAGGCUGCAUACUAUGCCUCCGGCCCCACCAUGCAGCCUGCCCCCAGGUGGACGGCCCAGCCUCCGAGACCCUCCUCCACCUACCCUCCAGCUGCCUCAGUGGUCCGGCCACCAGCCAUGUUGCGGCGCCCCCCGGCCCAGGUCAGCAGUGUCAGGCAGGCCUCUACCCAGGUGCCACCCCUGGUGCCCCACACCCAAAGAGUGGCCAACAUUGGCACCCAGACCACAGGAGCCAGUGGGGUGGGAUAUUCUACACCAAGCGGGCCUCUCCUGACACACAAAUAUUCCUCAGCAACACUCAACCCUGGGGUACAGGAGCCCGCUGUGCGCAUCCUGGGACAGGAGCCCCUGACGGCGUCCAUGCUGGCCGCGGCGCCGCUGCACGAGCAAAAGCAGAUGAUUGGUGAGUGGCUGCAGCCGGAAGCGGGGGCUGAGGGGGGGCCAGCCUGGUGGGGGGAAACCUCGAGUGGAGGUCAGACGUGUGGACGGGGUCCAGCAUUGCUGCGGACCAACCUGCUGGAUGACCUUGCUGGGGUCGCCUCGGCUCUCUCGGCCUCUCUCUCUCAAAACACUGGUCAGACCAGAUGGUCCCGAAGUUUCUUCAGCUCUGCUGUUCCAGGCACCCGCCAGGCUGGAGAGAGCCCAGCUGUGGGCAGAUCGGGGGCCAGGAGCUAGGGUAUGAUCUUGGGUUUCUGCCGGUGGGCGUCGCAGCUCCUCACCUCUCCUGAAGGGGACGAGGCUGUCCCCACACGUCGUCUAGCUCCCAGUGGCCACUUCAGGGAGGUGGGAAAUAAGUGUGCACGGGGCAGGGGGCAAACACACGUUCCCUGCUGGGCUGUGAGUUCCUUGUGCGGUUCGUCCCCAGCCCAGUGUCUACGGCAGGCCCUGCCAAAGGAUGCUACUCACUGUCGAAUGAAUGACAGGCUUGCUACUGGGUGGCAGGUUCUUCCCUCCGUGGCCACCAAGAUGUCCAGAGUCACUCUGAGGACCCCCUUUGCCACCACCCUGUUGUUUCCUCAGCUCACCUGGGGUUUUGCCACUUCCCACUGCUCAAAGGAAAUUCUGCAUGGGCUUCAUGGAGGCAGGAGGCUGUUAGCCGUUCCCUGUAAACCUCUUCACUUUCCUCGCGGGAAAACCUCUCACCCCAACACCCCAGCCUGGCCAGACCCUCCACACAUUGCUGAGAGGGGCUGGCCACCAGUGCUAGGCCCUGUCACUAGAAGUGCCUGACGGUGGAAGGUGAAUUUAUCUUGUGUGUGUGGCUCCCCCCGCCCCCUCAGAAGUCCAGUUCGGCCUUAGCAUAUCUUGUCUAGAAUUUUGGUGUGUAUAUGGGAACUAUUUCUUACAAGAUGAGCAAGAGCAGUCUUUAAACCCCAAGUCUGUGUCCGACCCUGUGUAGGUGACUUCACCUAGAAUAUCAAAUUUGAUUCUUCAAAUUAGCCUCCGAAGCAGGGUUUGUCCUGCGCACUUUAUGGUUGGGAAAGAGGCUCCCAGUGGAGCUGAGGGACACAGCCUAGAAGGAGCAGUUCUGGGACGAGCCCCCAGAUGCCUCACUGCUCCCUUCCACAGCACCCACCACCCUCCCCACCGCCCCUGGGCUGCUGGGGUAUCAGCCAGGUGUUCUAUACAGGUGAGCGUCUGUACCCCCUUAUCUACGAUACCCACACCCAGCUGGCCGGCAAGAUCACAGGCAUGCUGCUGGAGAUCGACAACUCGGAGCUGCUGCUCAUGCUGGAGUCCCCAGAGUCCCUCAACG